AUGACUGGAAACAACCAAACUGUUGUCUCACAGUUCCUCCUCCUGGGCCUGCCCAUCCCCCAAGAGCACCAGCACCUGUUCUAUGCCCUGUUUCUGGCCAUGUACCUCACCACUGUCCUGGGGAACCUCAUCAUCAUCAUCCUCAUUCUACUGGACUCCCAUCUGCACACACCCAUGUACUUGUUUCUCAGCAACUUGUCCUUCUCUGACCUCUGCCUCUCCUCUGUCACAAUGCCCAAAUUGCUGCAGAACAUGCAGACCCAGGAUCUAUCCAUCACCUAUGAGUUUUGCCUGACACAAAUGUAUUUUUUCAUGAUUUUUGCAGACAUGGAGAGUUUCCUUCUUGUGGUCAUGGCCUAUGACCGCUAUGUGGCCAUCUGCUUCCCCCUUCAUUACACCAGCAUCAUGAGUCCCAAACUCUGUGUUUGUCUAUUGCUGUCACUGUGGUUACUGACCACAUUACAUGGCUUGAUGCACACCCUACUCAUGGUGAGAUUGUCUUUUUGUGAAAACAAUGAAAUUAUCCAUUUUUUCUGUGAAAUAUCAGCUCUCCUGAAGAUAGCAUGCUCAGACACUUACAUUAAUGUGUUAAUGAUAUUCAUCAUGAGUUGUCUCCUUGGUAUUAUACCAUUCCUACUCAUUGUUAUGUCCUAUGCAAAGAUUGUCUUCUCUAUUUUCAAGGUUCCAUCUACCCAGGGUAUACACAAGGUCUUCUCCACCUGUGGUUCCCACUUAUCUGUGGUCUCUCUAUUCUAUGGGACAGCUAUUGGUCUCUACUUAAGUCCAUCAAAUAAUAACUUUACUGUGAAAGAGAUUAUAAUGGCUAUGAUGUACACAGUGGUGACUCCUAUGCUGAACCCCUUCAUCUAUACCCUGAGGAACAGAGACAUCAAGGAGGCCCUGAUAAAAGUUUUCUGCAAUAAGAAAAACUUUUUGCAAUGGUAA